UCAAAAUGCGAAGUGAGAAACCCAAACAUUUGGGUCAUUGUUGAAAGCCCAAUCAAUUUUACGAGUCAAAAUAUUUUUCCUUUUCUUUUUAAAUCUAAAAGGCUAAAACUGGUAGAAUGAGAGAUUAUCGGGAAAUUGGGAUUUGAUUCAACGGCAAAAAAAACCCUAACCAACUUAUUACAAUUUGCGUUUGAAGAUGGAACAUCAGCACGCAGAAGCAGAUACUGGAGAUGUAUCAUCAGCCAAAGCAGUUCUUCUAGGAGCACUAGCUCCUGGUGUUAACGGUCCUACAUGGAUUACUUUAAAGUCGACUUUUUUAAUGUUGGGUGUCUGUCUUGCUGUUAUGCUGGCGUUGGCAUUCUCUUCCAGUGAUUCAUGGUUGAUGUUCCAUGUUGCAUUCUUAGUUCUAAUUUGCGUCACCCUAUUCUUCCUUCUCAGCUGGUUUCUUGCAGAAACUGGUUUAGUUUCUGUCGAACAUCAAAUGCGUGAGAUGGGAUUAGAGCAUAAGGACCAUUCAGAGAACCUAAAGAGCAAAUGACUAUUUCUUAAAAUAUUGCUCGAGACUGGGAGCAUUUCCGAGGACAUUUUCUUGAAUUUUGUAGGGAAACUUCGGUUGAAAUCUUUCAUGGUGAACUGAUCGGCAACCAAAAAUGUUCCAGAUUUCUUAAGAGAAACGUAUUAGCUGAAAGGUUUAUCUUCUGUCAGCUACUCUUGUUUCCCUUCCCUCUCCCUGUGUUUCUUCUUAAUGAUACGAUGAAACAGAUGCAUCAGCUGGGGAAUUUUCACUAGAAGUGAGUUUCUUUCGUUCGAUAUGCUGUUGUGGUCUAAUGAGGACACCGUUUAUGUUGUUGUCUGAUAGCUAAAUUUUGUUCCAUUCUUCUUUUUUUUCUUUUUUUUUUCCAUUGUGGAUUUUGCUGCAGGAUACCCUGUAGUCUUGUACGUUGCAAGUUGUAUAGAUUCCCUUUUUUUGUGA